AUGGUGGUUAGGGCGCUCUAUAAUAAGCCCACGGCCAGAGUAUUCAACGCAGGCUUCAGGUCAGUCCCCUUCUGCAUAACUAACUGGACCAGUCAGGGGUGCCCCCUGUCACCCAUACUGUACAUCCUGGCGCUGGAGCCGCUGGCGGCUCUGAUCAGGGAUAACGACCGCAUACACGGGGUGCGCAUAGAUG